AGGUUCUCAUCUCUCUAGCCGUGGGUUCAUCAUAUCCUUGACUGCAACAAAGUCGCCCACCAACCAUAAGAACCUGUAGCUGCUGCUGCGCAAAGGGGAGGUGUCUUUGCAGCCAUGGCGUCGUCGUCCCCGUUGCUGCAAGCCUACGGUGGCGGCGAGAAGGGAGGGCCGUGGUGGAGGAGGCUGAUCGAUGUGGGAGAGGCCAAGGCGCAGCUCCUCUUCGCCUUCCCCAUGAUCCUCACCAACGUCUCCUACUACGCCAUCACCCUCAUCUCCGUCAUGUUCGCCGGCCAUCUCGGCGACGUCGAGCUCGCCGGCGCCACCCUCGGCAACUCCUGGGGCACCGUCACCGGAUUAGCCCUCAUGACUGGGUUGAGUGGGGCACUGGAGACACUCUGUGGUCAAGGAUAUGGUGCCAAGUUGUACCGAAUGCUUGGAAUCUACUUGCAGUCGUCGGUCCUCAUAUCCACCUUCUUCUCCAUCUUCAUCUCCAUCCUGUGGUGGUACUCAGAAUCCAUACUGAUCUGGCUGCAUCAGGAGCCCCAAGUGGCCAGGAUGGCCGCACUUUACCUCAGGUAUCUGAUUCCAGGCCUCUUCGCGUACGGUUCCCUGCAAUGCAUGCUGAGGUUUCUCCAGACCCAAACCGUGGUGAUUCCCCUGGUCGUGUGCUCCGUGGUUCCACUGGUCGUCCAUGUCGCCUUGACCUACGUCACAGUCCAUGUCCUCGGCCUUGGGUUCAAAGGCACAGCGCUCUCCGGAUCGAUAUCGUUGUGGAUAUCUUUCUUGAUGUUGGCACUCUACGUGAGGUACUCUGAUAAGUUCAGAUACACUUGGGAAGGUUUCUCUGCGGAGGCAUUUCAUCAAGUGUUGCCUUGCAUGAAGUUAGCCGUUCCCUCAGCUGUGAUGGUGUGCUUCGAGUACUGGGCGUUUGAGAUUUUGGUUCUGCUCGCCGGCCUCUUGCCGAACUCGGAACUGAGCACUUCACUGAUCGCCAUGUGCGUGAAUACGGAAGCAAUUGCGUUCAUGGUCACUUACGGAUUCAGCGCAGCUGUGAGCACACGGGUGUCGAACGAGAUCGGUGCCGGGAACAUCGAGAAGGCAAAGAACGCUGUCUCUGUGACGCUGAAGCUUGCUGUGUUUCUUGGGAUCACGAUCGUCCUCGUACUGGCCUUCGGCCAUAAUCUGUGGGCAAGCCUUUUCAGCAGCAGCCAUGAGAUCAUACGGGCAUUUGCUUACAUGACUCCCCUGCUCACAGUCUCUAUAGUUCUGGACUCAGCUCAAGGAGUCUUGUCAGGAGUCGCGAGAGGCUGCGGUUGGCAGCACUUAGCAGCAUGGACUAACCUCGUAGCAUUUUAUGUGAUCGGCAUGCCAUUGGCACUUCUCUUCAGCUUCAAGUUGGGUUUCCAUGAUAAGGGAUUAUGGCUAGGAUUGAUCUGUGGCCUCUUCUGCCAGACCUGCACACUCGUAGUUCUCACUCUUCGCACAAAAUGGAACAGAGUGCAGCUCUCGGACAGGGAUGGAGAGAGUAAUGUGCUUGUUUAGGAUGACCAGCAAUGAACUCAGAACAGUUCAUGCUACAUAUUCAUAUCAGCGGAGUAUUUUUCCUAUUGUUUUUGGAGAAAGACUGGAUUUAUCUUCUUGCAACCUUGGAAUAUUUUUGUGUCUAAUCAUCCUUUGAUUCAGCAAAUGCAUGUUAUAUGUUAGUGCAGCAUAGGGAUAUCCUCAUCAAUUCCUAAAGUUACUUCUCAUGACAUGAUUGAUGUAUUGGAUUUUAAGAACAGAGGAACUUUCCAUAU